AUGUUUUCGUUUAUAUUCACUCUACUCUUUGGAUCUAAGUGUGUAUCUAUUCCCAGCAAUUCAACUAACACUGUCCUUUUGCCUGCUAUUUUUCCAGUGGAGGUCCACGAUGGACAUGACGGAAGCCCAGUAAUUAGCAGAUCGAAUUCCCGAGCUUCCGGGAUUCCCGCUCAAGAUGUAUUGGGAACAAUUGGUGACCUUGCGUUCCAGCGCUCGGAUUAUCCACUAAUUAUCUCCAUCGAGUGCUUCGCCUCACCGCAUCAACAGUUCACGUUGGCUAACUUGUUGGUAUACUAUUUGGGCCAAAGAAUUCUCCCACCAUCUAGUCAGUUCGAGUUCACACUUGGUGAAGCUCAGCUGGAAGUGGAAGAACACGUCGAGAAGCACUUCGACCCUUACCGGAAAAACAGUCUGACCACAGUGGAUCUCAGCAACGAGGCCACUUUGUACAGUAACGACGGACUGCAUGUACGAUGGCCUUCACCUCGUGAUUUAAUUGGACGGAUCUUGCUGAAGGGCAAACGGUUACCAAAGGGAUACUCAGGUCAGGUGGGAAGCGACGUUGGUGUGGGUGCUGAUGUUCGUGGAGCGCCAUUUCGCUCAUUUUCACACUCGGUGUAUAAUCCACAAUCAUCUACGGUGAUUAAAGAGCUAUCCGAUCUAUUUUUCUUUGACUGCACCAAUUGUACAUCGUUUUCUACAAAAGGCUUCCGAAAAAGUAACCCAUCUUUGACUAUCAACAGCACCAAUGCCACGCCUACACACUCCUCAGCGCAAGUACUCACCAAAACUAAUCCGCAUCUCAAAACUGGUCCCUCAUUACUGGUUGUUGGGACACAUAAUGAUAUGGGGUUUCCCGGACGAAGGAUGACACCUGGAAUCACUACUGCUUCGCCCUAUGACAAAUGUUUCAACAAAACGGAUGUGUCUCGAGUACAUCCGUACCAUUUUAUUCAACUAAGCGAAACGGAAGCAUCCAAGGCGCUUGGACAGGCUGCGGGCGAACUUGUACAGAUCACACGCAAUUCAUUCUUCGAAAUCGUCCCCAGCCCAUCAAGAGCCGAUAGCAGUAAUUUGAAUCCCAUCGAUAUCUGGGCAUGGGGUGGUCAGGUUGUCCCCCUGAAUUAUCAGACCGCUGGGCUGGUGAUGGAUUUGGCCACUGGAUUCUUUGCACGCAACGGUGCUUGUGGGUAUGUGCUGAAACCAGCGUUGUACAGACAGGUCUCAUCAUUUUUCAGUCCCUUCUCUUCACAUUCGGAAUUACAUCAAAAGCCACCAGAUACCACGCCACAGAUUUUUCGCCUCAAAAUCCUCAGUGCACAACAACUUCCAAAGCCCAGGGGAUCCGUUUCAAAGGGCGACACAAUUGAACCCUACGUGGUCGUUGAAAUCCAUGGAAUUCCGGUGGAUUGUGAAGAACAACGAACUCCAACCGCCCCAGCCGGUAAUGCGUCGGGAUACAGUGCCACUUUCAAUGAGACAUUUGAAUUUUGUGUGCAACUGGGCAGCCUGGCAUUGGUUCGCUUCGUUGUCCUGGAUGAUCACGCUAUUGGGGACGAUUUUAUUGGUCAGAACACAAUUCCAUUCGACUGUCUCCUUUCUGGCUAUCGUCACGUUCGUUUGAGGGGUGACACCGGUGAACCAAUUCCCCUGGCCACAUUAUUUAUUCAUGUGACAAUCACUAGUCGAACCGAGGAGGGAUCUGAUGUGCAAGCUACUGGAGUUUUACAACGAUGGCGAACGAAAAAGCGGCAGCACAUUCAACUGAAAAAAGUUGGAGCUUCCAACUUCGAUGAAAUCUUUAAACUAUCCUCCGUGCUACGGUCUGUGUCGAGGAGCGACCGACUAUUUCUGCUGGGUGAUUUCAACGCGCACGUUGAGCGUGAUGCAUCGGUGUGGACAGAUGUUAUGGGUUCGUAUGGCAUUGGUUCAGCGAAUGCGAAAGGUGACUGGCUGCUUUUACUGUGUGUCACUUACGGCCUGACGCUCACGAACACUCGGUUUGCACUGAGUGCCAGUGAUAGAGCAACUUGGGCGCACCCACGGAGUGGUCACGCUCACUUGCUCGACUAUGCCAUCGUACGUCAGCGUGAUAUGCGUGAAAUGCGCAUGACACGUGUACUGUCUGGAGCUGAACGUGACACUGCUCACAAAUUGGUGCAGAACAGACUGUACAUAUGUUUUGGUAAUUCUAUGUAUUGCGCUCCCGCCGUGAAUCGGCGUACAUUUAACCAUCUCUGCCGCGGUACUGUGGCGAAACGUAUUGGGAUGGAGAAGGCGCUGGCUGCAAGCCUGUGUAAUAUGAACUGCGUAGCCACAGUGGGCGACCUGUGGUACCAUAUUCGAGACCAGGUGACAGCUGCGGCCAAAGAGACCAUCGGGCGCGCAAACUGUAAUCGGCCUGACUGGUUUGCUUAG